AUGCCACUGCUAGAUCUGCCAGAUGACAUUCUCUCCAUCGUCCUAUCUUACCUGCCCCCGGAGGACUACCUGAGGCUCUGUCGGGUCUCAAAGCAAGUGUAUGUGAAGUAUCGUCAAGACUCUUUAUAUUGGAGGAAUGAGACUUCAAGUACAUUCCGACUGCCCAUUAGUCCCCUGCUCGCCGCAGAUGGCCCUCGCUGGUACUGGCUAUACAAACGACUCAAGACCCAAACCCGUCUCUACACAUGGGGCCAGGGCGUCAAAGGGAAUCUGGGCCCUGGGAGAGCCAUUUCGGUGCCUCAUCGUCCACCACCCCAUGUUCCACAGCGAGUACUCCCACGAGUACCUGCUCGACCACAUCCAGCGAUGCUUCCUCCACGACCAACUCCUGCCAGGAUACCUCCGAGGCAGCUCUUUCACAGAACCUCCUCCAGCUGGCCCACCGAGGUGCACAUCCCAGACGAGGUGGGCGUAAUUGCCGAUCUUCAGUGUGGAGGGUGGUCGACGACAAUCCUAUCCGCCAACGGAAAGCUAUACACUACGGGCUCGAUUGAUUCGAGAGAUGGCAGUACGAUAGGUGAAGCAUCUGACGAGUUCCACCCCCUCGAAUACUUGACGCAGAGCACGUCUGCCAUCCGACAGUUUUCUUCCGGACGCUCUCACGUCCUAGCGUUGACCGAUCACGGGCAAAUCAUCUCCUGGGACAGAAUCAAUGCGAAAGGGCUGAUUGUGUACUCGAGAAGCGGUGUACCCUUUGAAGGCAGACCGACAAGAGUCGCUGCCGGCUGGGGAGAGAGCUCUGCCUACGUGCCCGAUGUAGGCAUCAUCUACUGGACUCCCCUGCAAAACAAUCAGACAGAUGAGAUGGAGGACUCGAAGCCCGUGAAUGAAAAGGUGAUUCCAGGAACCGCCCUUCGAGCUUUGGAGAAAGGGCAGGUCGAAGUCAUCAAGCACAUCGUCCUUGAAGAUUUCAUCGUCUAUAUCACGAACGAGUCCAAGGCGUAUGCCUGUUGUAUGCGCACAGACCACCCAACCCAGUCCGUACCCUCGCAACCUCCCUUCCAGAUGCCAGGAUACAGUGCACCAGACCGUGAGCUGAAGGACAUUCAGGGCUCGUUUCGGAAAUUCAGUGUCUUCACGGCGGCGGGCGAGGUCCUAUCCGGCGACGUCGACUACAUCAGAAGAUGCGCAGACGCGGCUCGAGCCUAUCCGGAAGCAGUGUCGUCAGGCGAUUGGUCCACCUUGACCACCUUGCUUGCUUCCAGACCGCAAGAUAUUCCUGCCCUGCAGCACACUGGCGUAAUCGCCUUGGCGUAUGGCGACUAUCAUUACCACGCCCUGCAUGCCAAUGGCAAGAUCACCUCCUACGGCACCGACUCUCAGAGCUGUGGAUCGCUAGGCCUUUCUGGCCCGGAGAACGGUGGACGUUUCCGCGGUCUGCGUCGCGAACGAGCCGGCACUCGCAGUGACGCGCAGUUGCUUCCUAUCGCGAACAUCCGAGGCCGACAAAUCUGGUUCGAACCUGAAAGGAAGGACUGGCUGCAAUGGAUGGAAGACAAGCUCAACCAGCCGCUCCUUGCGGCCAAUGGCCAACCAGCCCGACACAUCUGGGACGUAGACGCCGUCAAACAAGCCGCGUUCAGCGAGUGGGUCGAGCAGGAAGGGAGGCAUUGGGAGGAAGGGCCAGUAAGUGAGGGUCCCGCCGAAGAGUCUGCUCAAUCCACCAAGAACGACGGAGCAGGCGACUACGCAAACCUUGGAUCCUACUUUCCUAUUGCAAUCGCCGCUGCGGGCUGGCAUAGCGGAGCUUUGGUCCUAGUCGAUGAGGACAAGGCCCAUGCAGUUCGGAUGAAAUGGGUCGCUCACCGUGGACAAGACCUCGAAGAAGACAAGACGCGUUCCAUGCCCGGCGCAUUCGAAAGUCUAGAAUCCGACGAGACUUAUAUAUGGAAGAAGGAAGGGUUUCCGAAAGUGCGACUCCCGACCGGAUCUGAAAUGCCCGGUGAGGGUGAGCCACGACCAUGGAGGGACGGGACCCCGACCAUGCAGGAGAUGGGGCUGGGGUAG